AUGGCUUCUAUCACCUCUAAAUUGACCAUGAGGCUUCUUAUUGGCUUAAAAACUGCGAAAGUUAACUUUGUCAAAGCUUCAAAACCAGCUGUAGAUUUUAUUUUCCACAUGUUAUGCUUGCCUAUCGAUAGUAUAGGAAACAUGUAUCAAAGUGUCCGAAUAAACGGUGAUAACCACUGUUACCGAGAGGAACAAACCAAUGACAAUGAAGAAGGUGACUAUUAUGGCGAGGAAGAAAACUAUGACUCUAGGAAGACAACGACUAUUACGAUGAGAAAGAAUACUAUAAUUCUGAAGAUUGUGACAACGUCGAUGACGGUUAAUGUUAUUACUUUGAGGAACAGACAAAAGACAACGCAGAUGGUGACUAUUACGAGGAAGAAGGAGACAUAG